AUGGGAGAUUCGAACUCAUUUGUGGAUGGGGUGAAGGGGUACUGGGAGGAGAAGUUGUCGUUCUUGGAGAAUUACACGAGGUUCACCAAACGAGAUACGCCUCUUCCUUCUUGGUCUUCCUCCGACGUCGACGAGUUUAUUGCCUCCGAUCCCGUUCAUGGACCUACCUUGAAAACUGCUAGGGAAGCUGCCACUUUUGGUGUUACCGGAGCUGUGCUUGGAUCUCUAUCUACUGCUGCUUUUGCCUGGAAAUACUCUAGGAGUCCCCAUGGUACUGCAUUGUCCUUCUUAGGAGGAGGUCUUUUCGGUUGGACCUUUGGGCAAGAAGUUGCGAACCACACGAUGCAGCUCUAUAAGUUGGACACAAUGGCUGCUCAAGUUAAGUUCAUGGAAUGGUGGGAGCGCAAAUCUCAAUGA